AUGUCUAUUGAUCGAAGUCACUCCAUAGGAAGAUUUGCUACAAGCGAUCCAAGACUAAAAGAGGAAGUACCGAGCCGAGAAGACCUUGCAAACGCCGUCUUCUUUCUGAGCACCGUUGGACCGGAUGCACUAUUUCGGAUGAUUCUCAAGAAGCUCCCUCAGGACCGCACACCAGAGGAGCUCGAACUGGUCUAUGAGGAACUGCUCCAUGUUAAAGCUCUUUCACAUCUUAGCACAAUGGUCAAACGUGAACUGGCUACUGUAAUUGGUUACGAACAUCAUACUCAUGCAGCUCUUUCACAUCUUAGCACCAUGGUUAAGCGUGAACUGGCUACUGUAAUCGGUUACGAACAUCACACUCAUGCAGGUCAGUCGUUCAAAUAA